UUGAGUGCACUUUUCAGAACUGACGUGGCAACUCCACGAGCUGUUACUGGUGACUCUAAUGGCGUCCGCCAUACAGAUGCCCUUGAAUUUCCUGAAGAUAAAGUUCGCUUCCUGAAAUGCCACAGUAGUGAAGUAUCAGGAGAUUCAACAGCCCGAAUUUGGAACUUGGCAGGCUCAGAAAAUCCCGCAACACCAUCCAGAGAAUUUGAAGCACGCACGAAAGUACUGAAACAUUGCACGUCUGGGGAAUCCGAGAAGGCGCAACAGCCAUCGAACAAGGACGUGACGAGUCUUGAUUGGGAUGCCGCUGGUGACCUUCUCGCAACCGGUUGUUAUGAUGGUUUCGCAAGAAUAUGGACUGCCGAAGGCCGUCUCCGCUGUACGUUAGGAGCACACAAAGGUCCUAUUUUUGCACUCAAAUGGAAUGCUAAGGGCGACUAUAUACUUUCGGCAGGUGUGGAUAAAUCGACCAUUGUAUGGGAUGCUGUUAAAGGUCAGCAAGUGCAACAAUUUCAUUUUCAUACGGCCUCCGCCCUUGAUGUCGAUUGGAUCACAAACGACACGUUUGCUUCAUGUUCCACUGAUAAGUCAAUCCAUGUCAGUCG